UUUGAUAUUUUGAUUCCACUCCUUUUUGAUUCGAACGCCUGCAACGGAAAAAGGCCAACUUUGAGACGCGAACGCGUCGAUCCGAUCCCCAAAUCGAGAUCUGCUCCUUGGCGGUGCUCCUUUCCGUCGCAGAUCGUUCUCUGACCUCCGUUAGGAGAUCGGUAGUCUUUUGAGUUCGGAUUAGGGCGCUCGAGAUGGGUUCCAAGGAUGAGAAGCCCGCCAGCAGUGGUGGUUUCUUCUCCGCGAUCACGUCGAGUGUGCGGAAUUGGGGCAGUGCUGUGCAUAAAUCUGUAAACGGGUUAUUGGGUUACGAAGGACUUGAAGUUAUCAAUCCUGAAGGAGGCACUGAUGAUGCUGAGGAAGAAGCCCAACGAGGAAGAUGGAAGCAGGAGGAACGAGAUAGUUAUUGGAGGAUGAUGCAGAAAUACAUAGGAUCAGAUGUAACAUCAAUGGUCACAUUGCCUGUCAUCAUUUUUGAGCCAAUGACAAUGAUACAGAAAAUGGCUGAGUUGAUGGAGUACUCUCACUUGUUAGAUCUGGCAGAUGAAUGUGAGGACCCCUACAUGCGUCUAGUUUAUUCCUCUUCAUGGGCAAUCUCUGUCUAUUAUGCCUAUCAAAGAACAUGGAAACCCUUCAAUCCUAUCCUUGGUGAGACCUAUGAAAUGGUUAAUCAUGGUGGUCUGACAUUCAUUUCUGAGCAGGUUAGCCAUCAUCCUCCAAUGGGAGCUGGACAUGCUGAGAAUGGUCAUUUUACGUAUGAUAUCACAUCAAAAUUAAAAACAAAAUUUCUAGGAAAUUCAGUGGAAGUUUAUCCAGUUGGAAGGACAAGGGUGAAGCUGAAGAAAGCUGGCGUUGUAUUGGAUUUAGUGCCUCCUCCCACCAAGGUUAAUAACCUCAUUUUUGGGCGCACAUGGGUUGAUUCACCCGGGGAGAUGAUUAUGACAAACUUGACUACCGGAGACAAAGUCGUGCUAUACUUCCAACCAUGUGGUUGGUUUGGGGCGGAGCGAUAUGAAGUGGAUGGUUAUGUAUACAGUGCAGAAGAAGAACCAAAAAUAUUGAUGACAGGGAAAUGGAAUGAGUCGAUGAGUUGUCAGCCAUGUGAUCAAGAAGGAGAACCGUUGCCAGGGACCGAACUAAAGGAGGUAUGGAGAGUUGCUGCUGCCCCAGAAAAGGAUAAAUUCCAAUAUACCUAUUUCGCACACAAGAUAAACAGCUUUGAGACUGCGCCUAAAAAGUUGCUGGCUUCAGAUUCUCGGCUGCGACCUGAUCGAUAUGCUCUCGAGAAAGGUGAUUUGGGCAAGUCAGGUGCUGAAAAGACCAGAUUGGAGGAGCGGCAAAGAGCAGAGAAAAGAAUUCGAGAGGCUCGAGGUGAGCAAUUCACUCCGAGAUGGUUCAACAUGACCGGCGAAGUUACCCCUACGCCUUGGGGUGACUUGGAGGUAUACGAAUACAACGGAAAAUACACAGAACAUCGGGCUAGAAUUGAUAACUCAGAUUCAAUCGAGGAGGUCGAUAACACCUCAAUUGAGUUCAACCUGUGGCAAUAUAGUGAUUCGGCCUCCCACUAAGAAGGUAUUGCCUUACUCUAAACGCUUGAGUCGGUUGUGAAGGAUGCAUUUGGCCUCUUAUUUAGUUUCUAAGACGCACGGUGGUAUGUCGAGUAAUUGUACUACUAAAAAUUGUAUCAUGGAUAGCAAACAUUCUCAUGUUAUAGGGAAUUUAUAGGGUUCCCUUAAGUUUCCUUUGGUGGUAUUGAAGGUGUAGACGAAAAAGUGAAGGGUUUCGGUAUCCUGAUCGAGGAAUGAAUCAGGUAGCCUUACAGGUGUGGUUUUCUCGGUU